CACUGUAGCAGCUGGAACAGACCAGACCAGACCCAUGAAGAGUGUUGCUGCUGGCCCAGAGUCUUCACAAGAGAAAGAACCACAGAUUCUCUAGCUUCAUCAACUAGAGUAAACCCUUGCUGGUCUCUUUCAGGACUCAGAGUGAAAAGAAGCAAUGAAACCCAGGAGCAUACAGAAGUCACUAGCCCACUGCCUUGGGAACCUUUCUAGACUGUGUUUUCUCUUAGGACUCUUCAGUAUACUGUUCACCAUUAUUUGGAAGCAAAGCAAAGAAAAAUGCAAAUGUUCAGAACUGGAGGAACCAGCAUUCAUGGAUAUAGGUGGAAAGAAGAGCAUCGGCCUUGAUGAUAUCAUAUGGGACAAGCCCCAGAAUCCAACUCUCAGUGUCAUGGAAAGUGCUAGUGGUCCUUUGCCUAUACAAUAUACAUAUCUCUUGGGAUCUCCUCCUACUAAAAAGCGAUUCUUGACCAUUGGAAUUUCUUCUGUCUACAAAGCAAAGGAGCAGAACUUAUUGAAGACAAUUGAGUCCAUUUUAAGUCACUCUUCACUAGAAGAACUACAAAUGAUAACCCUGGUUAUAUACCUUGCUAAUAACAGUUCUCAGCUAAAUGAGCACAGUGCCAAAGAAAUUAAGGCUAAAUUUGGAGAGCAUGUUAAUGUAGGAAGAUUGCUUGUUAUUCAGAGCUCUCUUGCCAGUUACCCUCCUUUAAGCAGCUUGAAAGCAGAUUACUGGAAUAGAGAGAGAAUGGGGGGUAGAACCAAACAGAAUGUGGAUUAUGCUUAUUUAGUUAACUUUUGUGCUGGUCUCUCUAAAUAUUAUUUGAUGCUUGAAGAUGAUAUUGUCUGUGCUACCAAUUUUGUAACCAUUAUACACAACUAUGUAAAUGACAGAAAAAUACCUUGGACCACAAUAGCAUUUUCAAGAUUGGGCUACAUAGGGAAACUCUAUCGUAGCUGUGACCUUAUUAAACUAGCCAGGUUCCUUUUCAUGUUUUAUGAUACACUGCCUGCAGACUGGCUUCUAGAAUUUUUCCAUAAAGCAAAAGGUCAGGAAAAUGCCAUAUUUUUCCGGCCUUCUCUCUUCCAGCAUAUAGGUAGAAAAUCUUCAUUUCACAGCAUGGAAAUAGAGCUCCAAGAUCCAGAGUUUGAGGAAGAGUUUGGACCUUCUGGAGAUUUUCCAACUGCUUCAUGUUUCACAAAUAUACCCAUAUUUUCAAAUUAUGUACCAAACAAUGUGUGUCCCCCUGGAAAGGGUGUUUUCUGGGGCAAAAAUGUAACAGCAGAGAGCUUCUUCACCAUUGUCUUUGCACAUCCAAUUGUUCCCCAGAAGAUUCAGAUUUACACAGGGUCAGCUGAAUUUAACAGGGACAUUCUCUACUAUGGUUAUGUAGAAAAAGGGAGGCUGAAAAUUCAUUCACAUGGGAGUCAAACAUGCCUGACUUUUCAACGAAUUGGGGAUUUUAAGAAUGGACGUUUUGAAAUGGAAGACAGGGACAAUGACGAUGAUAUAGACUGCCUUCGAAUACAGGCCACAGCACCACAAAAGCAGUGGCUGAGAAUAAGGAAAAUUAAUAUUUGGGUGAAAAAUAAUUAAUGUUCACAUUCAUGUUGUGCAUAUCCAUUUGAUAGUAUGGAAAGCUGCAUUAAAUCUUGCUGUCUGUGAUUAGAUAGAUAAUUGCUUUCAUUCCCUGAAAUUCAAAGGGAGCUUUGUUUUUGUUUCUUUUCAUUUC